CGGUCAUUCUGGUGCUGUGUUAGGACAACAACUCUGUGAUACAUUAAUUUUAUCCCCCAAGGGGGCUAUUCUCAAGGCUUCCCGUUUCCGUGAAAAUCGGUUUCUAUAGCCAUUAUGGAGAUGAAUUAUGAUGAAUCGACGCUUCGCCAGCUCGAAGAGGAGCUGGACGUGAAGAUAUACCCAGGCACGGAGAUCAUGACAGAUGUUGGGACACAUCACUUUGUGCGGUCCUCUGGUUCCUCAUCCAAUGUGCUAGUGCCACAGCCAUCUGAAAAUCCUCACGACCCGCUGAACUGGAAUCCUUACUGGAAACUCAGUGUCAUUAUCAUAGCUACUGCAUCGAAUUUUGUUAUGGGAAUCGGCCCUCUCGCUCUCUCCCCAAUGUUUGGCGAUCUGAUGGAAGCAUUUAAUUCCGACUUGGCAGGUGUCGUCCAAUUUACCGGCGUCUGUAUCCUAGUCCUUGGUUUCAGCAAUUUCUUCUGGGUUCCGAUGUCCGAGACUUUUGGUAGACGACCGGUCCUGAUAUUCUCCUCUCUUGUCUGCUUGGCAUCCAAUAUUUGGCGUGCAAAAGCAACUACGUACGGAAGCUUCAUGGGAGCUUGUGUUCUAAACGGAUUUGGUGCUGGACCUUGCGAGACACUUCAACCGCAAAUUAUCACCGACACCUUCUUUUUACACGAACGAGGCUUCUAUAACACCUUGUACUUUACUUUCUAUUUUGGAUCCCUUAUGGUUGGGCCUAUAAUUUCCGGAUCUAUGGCUCUCCACGUUGGUUGGCGAAGUUUUUGGUGGCUUAACGUCGGAGCUUUUGCCCUGAUCAUUAUUUUAUCAAUUUUUAUGUUCCCAGAAACCAAAUGGCACCGACUUCACCCCCGAGAGAUCCAUGAUGCUGUUACUUCUCCAGCCCAACAAAAGACAUCCGACGAAGUGACUACAGAAGUAAAAGGAACUACUUCCGAGGAAGAGGAAGCUAGCGACCCUUACCUUCAUAGAGGAUACCCAUCUAAGGGCCAAUUCUCCAUUUAUCAACCGUCUCCUAAUUGGGCCAAAUCUUUAUUCCAAUCAUUCUGGAUCCCAUGGAGAUUGCAUCUAUAUCCUAUCGUGGAAUUUGCUGCCUUCGUUGUUUCUUGGUCAGCAAGUUGCUUUUUGACCGCAAACUUAACACAGAGCCAAGCUUUCGCAGCACCCCCAUACAACUGGUCCAGUCAGUCGGUUGGAUUCACAAAUUUCGCAACCUUGGCUGGUGCCUUUAUUGGCUUGUUCACUAAUGGACUCUUGUCGGACUGGGUUUCCAUGCGUGCAACGAAGCGGAAUCGCGGUAUUCGAGAGCCGGAGAUGAGAUUACCAGCUCUGGUACCAUACGUUUUUGUUUCAAUUUUGGGAAAUUUUAUUAUUGCAUUUGGGUAUCAGUAUCACUGGGAUUGGAGGGCUAUUGUUAUUGUUGGCUACACAUGCGCUGGCAUGCAAGUUGCCGCUUUACCGGCUAUUGCUAGUACCUAUGCGGUGGACAGUUACAAACCUGUAGUUGGCUCCGUCUUCAUAACAAUUACUGUAAACAAGAACGUCUGGGGAUAUGGUUUUAGUAAAUUUAUCACGCCAUGGACGGAAAAGUCUGGCUAUUUGCCGGCCAUCAUGUUGAAUAUGUGCUUGAUGACGCUCUGGUGUUCUUUCGGUAUAGUUUUCUACUUCUAUGGAAAGCGGUUCAGGAAAUGGACUGCUAAGUCAGAUCUUCACAAUUUGUAAUGAGGGAUAUAUCAAUUGAUGGUGCAUGUAUCGUUUUGAGUAUGUAUGUGAAAUAUCAAACGUAAAGCGCAAGAUAGCGUUAAUCUUAAGAAAUUAUAUUGUGG